AUGCCCACUCUUCACCAGUACGACUACCUCUUCGCCAUUGGCACCAUCUUUGCCUUCCUUGAUGCUUGGAACAUUGGUGCCAACGAUGUCGCCAACUCUUGGGCCACAUCGGUCUCCUCCCGAUCCGUCGGGUACCUCCAGGCCAUGUCUCUCGGUUCCGUCCUUGAGCUUGCCGGUUCCGUAGGUGUCGGUGCCCGUGUUGCCGAUACCAUCCGCACCAAGAUUGUCGAUAUCGACCAGUUCAAGGAAGACCCCGGCAUGCUUAUGCUCGGUAUGGUCUGCGCAGUCGUUGCCUCCUCUGUCUACCUCACCUUCUGCACCAAGAUCGGUCUCCCUGUUUCUACUACUCACUCCAUCAUGGGUGGUAUCCUCGGUAUGGGUAUUGCCCUCGUUGGUGCCGAUAACAUCCACUGGGUCGACAAGGAGGGUGGUAUCAACUCUGGUGUCAUUCAAGUGUUCUUGGCCUGGAUCAUUGCCCCUGGUAUUUCGGGAGCUUUCGCUGCUAUCAUCUUUACCAUUACCAAGUACGGUGUCAUGCUUCGAAGCAACCCCGUCAUGCGCGGUCUCAUGCUCGUUCCCGUCUACUUCGGUAUCACUGCUUCUCUGUUGACCAUGCUUGUCGUCUGGAAGGGUGGAUCUAUCAAGAUUACCUUCGCCACCGCCGAGACCGUUGGUAUGAUUAUCGGUGUUGGCGCUGCCUUUGCCAUUUUCAUCUCCAUCUUCCUCAUUCCUUGGUUGUACCGCAUCGUCGUCAAGGAUGACUGGCAGCUCCGCUGGUGGCACAUCCCCAUGGGCCCUCUCCUCCUCAAGCGCCCCGAGCCUCCUGCGCAGCCCGAGGGUGCCAAGGGCGGUAUCACCGACUUCUACGCUGGCCACCUUACCCGAGAGGAGCUUGAAGCCCUCCGCAACCGCAACAGCCAGAACCGCGACCUUGAGUCCAGGGGUGCCAACGGUGAGGAGACCAAGGGAAGCCACGAAGACACCGAGGGCAAGGUCAUUGCCAGCGGCUCUGACGACGGCCAGGAGCAGCAGCCCGCUCCCGGUGCUUACGUCCACAAGUCCAUUGUUGGCCCCAAGCCCGACGCUCCUUGGUACUCUGGUGCCUUCCUCUUCUGGGCUCUCAAGAAGGUCUUCCUCCAGGGUGUUGACCAGGACAUCAUCAACAUGCAGAAGAAGGAGAGCGUUCUCACUGGCGAUCUCAACGAGAUGCACGCCCACGUCAAGCACUACGACAACAAGGCCGAAUAUCUCUACUCUUUCCUCCAGGUUUUGACCGCCUGUACCGCCUCCUUCACCCACGGUGCCAACGAUGUCGCCAACGCCAUCGGCCCUUAUGCCACCAUCUACCAGAUCUGGUCUAGCGGUACCCUCGCUGGCUCCAAGCUCCCCGUUCCUGACUGGAUUCUCGUCUUUGGUGGUGUUGGUAUCGCUCUCGGUAUCUGGACUUAUGGUUACAAUAUCAUGCGCAACCUUGAGCUCCCUGUCUCUACUACGCAGUGCAUCACUGGCGCCACCGUCGGUGUCGGUCUCUGCUCUGGUACCUGGCGCUCCAUCAACUGGCGCAUGAUCGCUUGGAUCUACAUGGGCUGGAUCAUCACCCUUCCCACCGCCGGUAUUAUCUCUGGCUGCCUUACUGGCAUCAUCUCCAACGCUCCCCACUGGACCUCGAGGGCCUAA